AUGAACCCUCACUUGAUGGUUAGAUUAUUCCCACGGCGUGACAUUACUGAUGUGUUGUUCUUAUCUGCUGGAAGUGGAGCUGGACUUUGGCUGUGGGCAAGGCCACACAUUGCCACUGCUGCACCAGCUAGACGCUUUUCAUGGGCCUUUUUGGGUGGAUGUCUUUGGCCCUUAGGGUCCAUAUUUUUAUGGGCAAUUCUAAGAAGCUCUGUAGGUCAGAGACCAGUUAUUGGUACAAUAUUUGGUAUUGCAACAGGAGCUGCACUAACUAAUAUUGCAUUGGAUUAUUUCAAUUAUGUAGAACUCAUGUUUUGUGGUGAAGUACGUCUCCCUGAAGAAACAUAUGUCCCUAACAGUGAUGAUGAAAAAUAUGAUAUUGAUAUA